UCCUCUCGUGGAACACGAUGCGACGAAGGAAUGUGAAAGGCUCCCGCCCGCCGCCAUUUUCUUUCUUUCUUGGCAAGCAGAGAGCGCGGUAGGAAGUGGUGAAGCGGACAUGGCGGAUUAUUCUACGGUACCCCCUCCUUCUUCGGGCGCGCCCGGGGGAGGCGGAGGAGGUGGCGGGGGAGUCAAUGACGCUUUUAAGGACGCGCUACAACGGGCUAGGCAGAUUGCAGCAAAAAUUGGAGGUGAAUCAGGGACAUCGGUGAAUUCAAAUGAUUACGGUUAUGGGGGACAAAAAAGGCCUCUUGAAGAUGGAGAUGGCUCUUGGACAAGUCCGAGCAGUACAACACACUGGGAGGGAAUGCCCUCUCCUUUUAAAGAUCAACCUGAGCCUAAGAAAGUUGCUCCUCCAAACAAUGAUUCUUUUGGAAGUCAGUUACCACCCAUGCAUCAGCAACAGAGGUCUGUAAUGACAGAAGAAUAUAAAGUUCCUGAUGGCAUGGUUGGAUUCAUUAUUGGCAGAGGAGGAGAGCAGAUCUCCCGUAUACAACAAGAAUCUGGAUGCAAAAUACAGAUUGCACCUGAUAGCGGUGGUCAUCCUGAAAGAUCUUGCAUGUUAACUGGGACUCCAGAAUCCGUGCAGUCUGCAAAACGGUUACUUGACCAGAUAGUUGAAAAAGGAAGACCCACACCAGGAUUCCAUCAUGGUGAUGGUCCAGGAAAUGCUGUCCAGGAAAUUAUGAUUCCAGCUAGUAAAGCAGGAUUAGUUAUUGGGAAAGGUGGAGAGACAAUAAAACAGCUUCAGGAGCGAGCAGGAGUUAAGAUGGUUAUGAUUCAGGAUGGUCCACAGAACACUGGAGCAGACAAACCUCUUAGGAUCACAGGAGAUCCUUACAAAGUUCAACAAGCGAAGGAAAUGGUUUUAGACCUAAUUCGUGAUCAAGGUGGUUUUAGAGAAGUACGCAAUGAAUACGGGUCAAGAAUAGGAGGAAACGAAGGACUAGAUGUCCCAAUACCACGAUUUGCCGUUGGCAUUGUAAUUGGAAGGAAUGGAGAAAUGAUUAAAAAGAUACAGAAUGAUGCUGGUGUGAGAAUCCAGUUUAAACCAGAUGAUGGAACAACUCCAGACAGAAUAGCACAAAUCACUGGACCUCCAGAUAGAUGUCAACAUGCAGCAGAAAUUAUUACAGAUCUUCUUCGAAGUGUUCAGGCUGGCAAUCCUGGUGGUCCUGGACCUGGUGGUCGUGGAAGAGGUAGAGGACAAGGAAACUGGAAUAUGGGGCCUCCUGGUGGACUGCAAGAAUUUAAUUUUAUUGUGCCCACUGGAAAAACUGGAUUAAUUAUUGGGAAAGGUGGUGAAACUAUCAAGAGUAUCAGCCAACAAUCUGGUGCUAGAAUAGAACUUCAGAGAAACCCUCCACCAAAUGCGGAUCCAAACAUGAAAUUGUUCACUAUCCGGGGGACACCACAGCAGAUUGAUUAUGCUCGGCAGCUUAUAGAAGAGAAGAUUGGCGGUCCAGUGAAUCCUUUGGGUCCUCCCGUGCCACAUGGUCCUCAUGGUGUUGUUCCUGGCCCACAUGGGCCUCCUGGGCCGCCUCCUGGUGCCCCUAUGGGACCUUACAAUCCUGCUCCUUAUACACCUGGCCCUCCUGGUCCAGCACCUCAUGGGCCUCCAGCACCAUAUGCUCCACAGGGCUGGGGUAAUGCUUAUCCACACUGGCAACCACCAAAUCCUCCCGAUCCAGGUAAGCCAACGGAUCCUAAUUCAGCAGCAUGGGCAGCCUAUUACGCUCACUACUAUCAGCAGCAAGCGCAGCCACCACCUGCAGCUCCACCCAGUGCGCCACCAGCCACCCAGACCAAUGGACAAGGAGAUCAACCAAAUCCAGCACCAGCAGGGCAAGUAGAUUACACCAAGGCUUGGGAAGAGUACUAUAAAAAAAUGGGUCAACAAGGGCAGCCACAAGAUUAUUCAAAGGCUUGGGAGGAAUAUUACAAGAAGCAAGGUCAGGCAGUUCCAGCUCCAGCGGGGGCACCACCAGCAGGUCAGCCUGAUUAUAGUGCAGCAUGGGCUGAAUACUAUAGACAGCAGGCAGCCUAUUAUGCCCAAACAAGUCCACAAGGAAUGCCGCAACAUCCUCCAGCACCACAGGGCCAAUAAUAAGAAGUGGACAAUACAGUAUUUGCUUCAUUAUGUGGGGGAAAAAACCUUUGUUAAAUGUGUGGAUGCAGACGCCUUGAUGAAGAUCAUAAUUUUGUUUGGUUUAAAAAUAGUGUUUUGAAAAUGUACAAAAUAUCUAUCACUACUGAUAGGAGGUAAUAUUUCUGUGUAGAAAUGAAAUUGGUUUGUUUUUAGUACAUUAGUGUAGAUGUACACAUUCCAGCAAAUGUAUUUGCAACUAUUAUGUGGUCAAUGCUUUGUGAUAUAAAUGUACUUUUUUCAAUGUAUACUUGAUCACUUUUAAAUGCCUGUUUUGUGCUUUACAAUAAAUAAUAUGAAACCUCCUGUGUCGGUAAGUUGGAUAUGUGGGUCCCCAGAAUUCAACGAUUUGUUAGCAAUGCUGUACAUGUACACAAGUAAGAGUUUUUUCCUUGAAAGUUUGAGUUUGACAUUGGUAUUCUCCCUUUGCAGAAUAGUUUAGAAGGAUCUCUUUUGUUGCUGUAUUUUGCUGUUUAGCAUCUUGAUAUCCUUCUCUUUCUACUUGAUUAAAAUUUGCAUGUAUGUGAA